CACAGAAAGUAUGGCACCUGUAGUGUUAAUAUCGAAAGGAAAGUUCAAGUUUGCUAUUGACAGGGGUGGUACAUUUACGGAUGUGUAUGCGGAAUGCCCGCAAGGAAGAGUAGUCGUAACUAAGCUCCUUUCUGAAGAUCCAACUAACUAUCCCGAUGCACCGAGAGAAGGAAUCCGCAGAAUCCUGGAGUCGGAAACUGGUGUCGAAAUGCCAGCAGAUAAGCCUCUUGAUUGUGGUCUCAUAGACUGGAUUCGAAUGGGAACAACCGUCGCUACAAAUGCACUACUUGAGCGCAAAGGGGAACGUCUAGCUCUGGCUAUUACAGCUGGUUUCAAGGAUGCCUUGCAUAUUGGCAACCAGUCACGCCCAGACAUAUUCGAUUUGGAAGUCAAGUGCCCAGACGUAUUGCAUGAAGAUGUUAUAGAAGUGGAAGAGAGAGUUGUUAUGCAACAGGAUAAAUGCCAAAUAAAGAAGAACUGUCCUGUUGUUAUUGGCUCAACUAAGGAAAAGCUUGAGGUAUGGAAAGAGAUAGACGAGGAAAAAUUGCGCAGAGAUCUCCAGACUCUCCUGGAUAAAGGAAUCCGAAGCGUUGCAGUUUCUUUGAUGCAUGCAUAUACAUAUGGCGGACACGAGCGGGUUGUUGGAAAAAUUGCCAGUGAGAUGGGCUUCACACAGGUGUCAUUGUCUUCUGAUGUGAUGCCGAUGGUGAGACUGGUGCCAAGAGGAUACACAGCCUGUGCUGAUGGUUAUUUGACUCCACACAUCAAAACUUACAUUAAGAAUUUUACGUCUGGAUUCAAAGGUGGAAUAGAUAAAAUGAAGGUACUGUUCAUGCAGUCUGAUGGUGGUCUUGCUCCAGCCAACAAGUUUCUUGGCUCCCGGGCAAUCCUUUCUGGGCCUGCUGGUGGAGUUGUAGGUUAUGCGAUGACGACAUACAGCCAGAAAACGAAACUGCCCGUGAUAGGGUUCGACAUGGGGGGCACAUCGACGGACGUCAGUCGCUAUGCUGGCAGCUAUGAGCACGUGUUCGAGACAACGACUGCUGGAGUUACUAUCCAAGCCCCACAGCUGGAUAUUAAUACGGUGGCUGCUGGUGGAGGCAGUAAGCUGUUCUACAGGGCUGGCAUGUUUGUAGUUGGGCCAGAGUCUGCAGGUGCCCAUCCUGGACCCACCUGUUACAGAAAAGGAGGACCAUUGUGUGUCACAGAUGCCAAUCUUUGCUUGGGCAGACUUUUAUUGGAGUAUUUUCCAAAGAUAUUCGGUAAGACAGAAGAUCAGCCAUUGGAUAUGGAAGCAACACAGGCUGCUUUUUCAGACCUAACUGCAGAGGUGAAUAAGGCUAGCAAAGAGCAAAAGGGAGAUGGGUAUGUCCCAAAAAGUCUGGAAGAAGUAGCAAUCGGAUUCAUAGAAGUCGCCAAUGAAACAAUGUGUAGACCCAUUCGUGCAUUGACUCAGUCCAAGGGAUAUGAUACAUCACGACAUGUGCUUGCAUGUUUUGGAGGAGCUGGUGGCCAGCAUGCUUGCUCUAUCGCGCGAUCUCUAGGCAUGAAAACCGUGUUCAUACAUAGGUACUGUGGCAUAUUGUCAGCAUAUGGCAUGGCACUGGCCGAUGUAGUGCAUGAAGCGCAGGAACCCUGUGCACUCGAGUACAGCCCAGAAAACUUUAAAUACCUUGAUGAAAGAAUGGUUAAUUUGAGUAACCAGUGUAUAGCUGAGCUCCAAAAGCAAGGAUUUAAUAGAGAAAAUAUAGAAACUGAGACAUUCCUCCAUCUCAGGUACAACAAGACGGAUUGUGCGCUGAUGUGUUCUGCUGUUGGGUUUCCUGCAUCUGCAAACAGUUGUAGUCAUGGCAACUUCCUGGCAGCGUUUCUGGAUAGGUACAAUACAGAGUUUGGGUUCACAAUAUCAGAUAGAACAGUCUUGGUUGAUGAUAUCCGAGUAAGAGGCAUUGGCAAGAGUGGAAUAGCAAUUGAGCAGAGUAUUGCACCUGCAGACAGUACCCCAGCCAAAAUCAAGGCUGUAAAGGUGUACUUUAAGGGUGGUUACCAGAUGACUGAUGUUUACAUGCUGGAACAUCUUAAGGGAGGACAUAAGCUACAGGGCCCUGCAGUCAUCAUUGACAAAAACAGCACAAUUCUGUUGGAGCCUGACUGUGAGGCAGAGAUCACAAGAAAUGGCGAUGUGCGCAUUACUAUUGGUACUGGUGCUCACAGCAAGAUUGGCACUGAGCUUGACGACAUACAGCUCUCCAUCUUCUCGCACAGGUUCAUGAGCACUGCAGAACAAAUGGGCAGGAUUCUCCAAAGGACAGCUAUUUCAACGAAUAUAAAGGAGCGACUGGACUUCUCGUGUGCAAUGUUUGGUCCCGACGGGGGUCUGGUUGCCAAUGCACCGCACAUACCUGUGCAUCUGGGAGCCAUGCAGGAAACUGUCCAGUUUCAGCUGAGGCAACUGGGUGACAGUCUGAGGAAGGGUGAUGUGAUACUAAGCAACCAUCCAUGUGCAGGCGGAAGUCACCUGCCAGAUCUUACCGUCAUCACUCCUGUAUUCUAUAAAGAUGUGGUGAGGCCUGUUUUCUUUGUGGCCAGCAGAGGGCAUCAUGCAGAUAUCGGUGGUAUCACUCCAGGCUCUAUGCCACCACAUUCCAAGUCACUAGAUGAGGAAGGAGCUGUCUUCCGCUCUUUUAAGCUUGUUGUAGACGGAGUGUUCCAAGAAAAAGCUGUAACUGAUGCACUGAUGGAGCCAGAAAAGUUCCCCGGGAGCAGUGGCACACGUAAUCUGCAGGACAAUCUGUCUGAUCUGAGAGCUCAAGUAGCAGCUAACCAGAAGGGCAUCAGAUUGAUAACAGAGUUGAUAGAUAUAUAUGGACUCGACGUAGUGCAAGCAUACAUGGCUCACAUUCAGGCAAAUGCAGAGCUAGCUGUCCGAGAGAUGCUGCGUGAGAUCGCACAUAAAACAAAAGAACGUACAGGAACAACGUCCUUAUAUGCAGAGGAUUUCAUGGACGAUGGCACCAAGAUUGCUAUUAGUAUCGACAUUGAUGAAGAGAAGGGUUCAGCAAUAAUGGAUUUUUCAGGAACAGGGUAUGAGGUUUAUGGAAACUGCAAUGCUCCACGUGCUGUAACUCUCUCAGCCCUCAUCUACUGCCUGCGGUGCAUGGUUGGCCAUGAUGUGCCUCUGAACCAGGGUUGCCUAGCUCCGAUAAAGACUGUGAUUCCUGCUGGCACUAUACUGACGCCCUCGGACACGGCAGCGGUCGUCGGCGGCAACGUGUUGACGUCACAACGCAUUGUCGACGUCAUCCUUAAAGCGUUUGGUGUCUGUGCUGCUUCUCAGGGCUGCAUGAAUAACAUCACAUUCGGCGAUAAGGACGUGGGAUACUAUGAGACCGUGGCAGGUGGAGCGGGUGCCGGUCCUGGCUGGCAUGGUAGAAGUGGAGUACACACGCAUUGCACCAAUACGAGAAUAACCGAUCCAGAAAUCGUUGAACGAAGGUACCCUGUGAUUGUUCAGCGCUUUGAGCUCAACCCACACUCGGGAGGCGUCGGAAGGUGGCAUGGAGGAGAUGGUGUGAUACGCGAGCUUCUCUUCAGGAAAGACCUCAUGCUGUCUGUACUCACGGAGCGACGAGUGUUUAGUCCUUAUGGGCUCAAUGGUGGUAGAAAUGGCCAGCGGGGUCUGAAUCUACUCCUGCGUGAAGAUGGCAGGAUCAUUAACCUUGGAGGCAAGACUGCUGUCAAUGUGUUACCAGGGGAUGUGUUUCGGCUAAGAACUCCAGCAGGUGGUGGCUAUGGAGCAGCAGACGAUGAAGGGGAGAGUCGGUUAUAUCAGCAGGGAAAAGAUGUAGCUGCGUUUGCACUAAAAGGAAGUGUCCAUGAAUACACACGAAGACAAGAAUCAGCAUGAAAUAAUUCUGCAUGUUGCUGCAGACACAUAUAUUAAAGCACAUGGAAUAAUCACAAGACAAUGCAUAAAUAUAAACUAAAACACAAAAUUAAAUCUUUAAAUGUGAUUUCGUGUUCUAUUGCCCAUAGUGUCAUAUACGUUUUCCUUUGGAGGAAAAUGUCAACAUGAAGGAAGAGUAGAUAGGCUGUAUUUUAAGAUAAGGGGCAUUUUAUUUGACAUUUUGUGCCUCUAUAAGAACAGAAGUUGUCAGUGCAGAGAUAUAUAGACUGUUUGAUAUUGUCACAAAGCAGCUUAAAUGUUGCAUAUAAAUAAUUUAAUACACAAAUGUCACUAUAUUAUAAUGUAUAAUAUAAUUAAGCAUAGGGUGGAAUUCGGGUAUGUUGAAGGGUAGUAGAUUACAUAUUAUAACAUUUUCUUAAAUUUAUUUUGAUUAAAAUGUGUAUGCAAUCGUUCAAAUUAUAUGCCAAUUUGUUAUCACUGUUCAUGUGGACCCAGUCGGCGCACAGCUUACUUCCUGUAAGGAAUUGACAUACAUUUUAUUUGUGCCAAAUUGGGUUAAGGUGUAUGUGCUGUCAGGUUGUUAAUCAAAGUGCUGUAAUUAUGCCAUGGGCCAACACUGAUUAUUACUCUAGUUUGUUUGAUACCUCACAAAACUAGGUCUCUUAUAUAAUUAGUUUAUUAUAUAAAAAAUUUCUGAUAAAAAAUCAUGAAUAUGCAUAUAUCGCUACCUCUAUUGGACCUCAACAUUGACAGCUUGAAAGACCUCUUGAAUGCUGUUUCUUCUAUAUAUGCCUUAACAAUCGACUUGCUCAGUAA